AUGUGUGAGAAUUAUGAUAUUCUAUCUCCAGACCAACCGGUGGUUGAUCUUUAUCUUCCCAUGUGGGCUAAACAUCUGCAUUUGGCCAAUAAACCUGCUUUCAAGUGGGUGGAUUUUGCAGGCAAUGAGCAGUGCAGUUUGACAUACUCAGAGCUCCAUGCUUCUGCAUCCACCAUUGCCUCAAAUCUUAGAAGUACACUGCGAAAAGGUGAUACAGUUUUGAUUCUCUACCCACCUGGGAUUGAAUUUGUGGGAAUCAUAUUUGGGUGCCAAAGAGCAGGGCUAGUGAGUGUUCCCAUACUUCCUCCUCAUCCAUCCUUCUCCUCUCAGGAGGAUUGCAGUAAACUUGUAAGGAUACUGCAACAGAUUCAGCCCAAGGCUGCUAUAGCUUUUCCGGCCUAG